AUGGGUGGAAAGAAGAAAGUAAGCGAGCUCCAAACUUUGAGCAUCAUUGUCAGGAAGUACAUCCUCGGGAUCCCGCAGGCAAGAAUCAUUGUGUUUCCUGUUCUCCUGAGCAUCUUUGCAGGAAAGUAUUUUGAAGUCAAAGUUGCAAGUUGUAUAAGUUACAUAUCCGAGGGCCUAGAUUUGGAGGAGGUUCCCCGAAGCAGGAUAAUCAUGUUUCUUGUGAUUUCUCUAACGGGCAUCAUCUUCACAGAGUUGCAAGGAUUUGUGUUUGUCAGUGCAAUCCAGUAUGUUUACAGAUACACCCUGAGAACCACUUUCGAGUACUUUAUUCGGAUGGAAACGGAGAUGUUUGAGUCUUAUGGAUCGGGAACAAUCCAAAGCAUCAUCACCCGAAAGAGCAAGGCAAUCAGCGACUUUGUGGAGGUUUCGAUCCAGAAUCUGUUCCCAGUGGUGGCUUCGCUAACCUUUGUUGGGCUUGAGGUGUAUCUGAAGCUUGGAGUUCUUGCCUCUUUUAUUGUUGCUCUUGCUGUUGCUGCUUAUGGUUUCAUGACGAUAUCGAUAGCUCUGAGAAGGAAUAGGAUCAGAGGGGCUCUGAACAGUGCUGAAAAUGCUGCAUCCAACAUUGUGUACGACACCUUGAGUAAUCACGAGUCUGUUAUGUCAUUCAACAACUACUGCAUUGAGGUAAGAAGAUACGAUGGAAAGCUGAUGGAGAUUGAGAGGUUUGGAACAAACCUAUUCCGAGGACUGUACAUUCUAAACAUGCUGCAGAAGCUUAUAUUUGCAUUUUUGAACUCUUCUAUGAUUGCACUUGGAGUGUAUGGACUGCUUUCAAGUAAGAUGGAUGGAAGGGUUUUGAUCUUCUAUGUCACAACAAGCAGGAUUCUACUUAUAAACCUCAACAAUCUCGGAUACACAUACUGCCGAUUCACAGAGGCCAUGCUGAAUGCUCGGGAAGUUCUAUCGGAGGAUUAUGAUCUGAAAACAAAUGAAAAUAUUUCCAUGGUAAGGUUUGGGAAGAACAUUGUGUUUAAAAACGUCCGCCUGUAUUACGGAGACAAGAAGAUUCUCAACGAUGUGAAUCUUACAAUCAAAAAGGGGGAUAAGGUGGCAAUUGUGGGGUCUAACGGAUCUGGAAAGUCGACCAUUCUAAAGACCUUCCUGAGGUUCAACAGGUACCAAGGCUCGAUAUGCAUCGAUGGAAUCAGUAUCGACGCCAUAGAAAACGGUUCGUUCAGGAGGAUCAUAGGAUAUGUGCCUCAGAACUCCUCUCUGUUCAACGAGACUGUGAUGUACAACAUUAAGUAUGGAAACCCCAAUGUUUCGGACUAUACUGUUGUCGAGCUUGCAAAGAGAUUCAACAUCCAUGAUAGCAUUAUGAGGCUUGAGAAAGGGUAUUUUACCAAUGUUGGGGAGGCAGGAAGACACAUCAGCGGAGGAGAGAGACAGAAGAUUAUAAUACUGAGAGCUCUGCUAAGAAGGCCAGAAAUCCUUGCCAUGGAUGAACCAACCUCCAAUCUCGACAAGGAGGCGGAGAUAGACAUCAUAAAGAAUAUCAUAGAUUUCGAAAGCUCGGUUACCGUGAUGGCCAUAGUCCACAACCUCGAUCUGCUUCCAUUAUUUAACAAGGUCUGCUUUGUCGACAGAGGAUCCGUCAGGAUGAUAGACCAGACAGGCACAAGCAGUGAAUCUGCAGCAGAGGGGCUGAGGAGUUAUGAAAUACCAGGAGUUAAAUAA